AUGUUAAUUUUUCACCAGUUUAGUCGAGCUGUGGUGCGUGUGAGGAGAGUGGCAGCUCAUCUCUGCAGAGCGACCAUGGCAACAACAACAAAUGACAGCUCUUCAUCUCCAGUCGCCAACGGAGACACACCCACUGCAGCUAUCGUCAUCAUUGGUGACGAAAUCCUCAAAGGCCACACAGUGGACACCAACAGUGCCUUUCUCACCCGGAGGCUGCGUAAACUGGGCGUGUCUGUUCAGCGCAUAUCGGUCAUACCGGACAUCCAGGAGGUGAUCUCCAGUGAAGUGGCCCUGCUCUCGCCCCAGUUCACCCACGUCAUCACUUCAGGGGGGAUCGGGCCCACGCACGAUGACGUCACCUUCGAAAGUAUCGCCAAAGCCUUCCAGGAGGAGCUGCACCAACACCCCGAGCUCAGCAAACUGGUCAAGGAGUUCUUUGGGACCACGGACAAAGGAAGUGCUGCUAUGAAGCUGGCUAUGGUGCCUCGCUCGGCUAAACUCAACUAUGGGACUGACCCUCAAACUGGGAAACUUCUCCGUUAUCCACUGGUCAGUGUGCAUAACGUGUUCGUUUUCCCUGGGAUCCCGUCUCUGCUGGAGAGGGCUUUUAAUGGACUGGAGCACAUUUUUGCAAGUUCUGGGACAACGUUUCACACUCGAGAGGUAUUUGUAGAUGCAGAUGAAGCAGAGAUCGCGCCAAUCCUGACCAAAUUUCAGGCUGACUGGGGACGAAGGGUGUCUCUGGGCUCGUACCCGGACUGGCUGAGUAACUACCACAGAGUCCGGCUGGUCCUGGACUCCAACAGUGCGGCGGAGGUGGAGAAGGCCCGGGAGCAGCUGCUGGACGCUCUGCCCGAUGGGAGUGUGGUGCCCCUGAUUACUGACCCCGUAUCUCUGGCCACAGCUGAGGUCUACACCCUGGCGAACAGCGGUUCAGCGCUGGGCGACAAAGUGAAGUCCGCCUUGAGAACCAUCGAGGCGACGUUGGAUCAGUACCCGACAGACGAGCUCUGCGUGGGCUUCAACGGCGGAAAAGACUGCACCGCGCUGCUGCACCUGUACUACGCCGCACUCAAACGCAGGCGCUCUCCAGACGCCAAGGACAAAGUGAAGGCUCUGUACAUCCGCAUCGUUUCCCCCUUCCCAGAAAUGGAGAGGUUCCUCCAGGACACUAUAGCACGAUAUGAGCUGGAGCUGAUCUCAGUGGAGGGUAGUAUCCGCCAGGCUCUCGCUGAUGUGCAGGAGAGGAGGCCGGAGCUCAGGGCAGUUCUGAUGGGCACCAGGAGGACUGACCCAUACUCCCUCACACUCACGGCCAUGUGUCCCACAGACCCGGGCUGGCCCACUUACAUGAGGGUCAACCCAUUACUGGACUGGACGUACCACGACAUCUGGGCUUUUCUGCGGACUUUGUAUGUGCCGUACUGUAUCCUCUAUGACAAAGGGUACACGUCACUGGGCAGCAUGGACAACACUCACCGGAACCAGGCCCUUCAGACGGUCGACAGUCGAGGUGUGAGCCGCUACAAACCGGCAUACCUCCUGGAGAACGAGGACGAGGAGAGAAACGCACGGGCCUGA